UUCCGUUCGGUGGCCGGAGUGUACACUGUCGCGAUGGCACUCUACAAUUUUAAGAAAAUUAUGGUGGUUCCCACCGCUAAGGACUUCAUUGAUAUCACGCUGUCUAAAACACAGAGGAAAACGCCCACAGUGAUACAUAAGCAUUAUCAGAUUCACCGCAUUCGACAUUUCUACAUGCGCAAAGUCAAGUUCACGCAGCAAAACUAUCACGAUCGUCUGACUCAAAUCCUCACCGAUUUCCCCAAAUUGGACGACAUCCAUCCGUUUUAUGCCGACCUAAUGAAUGUUCUCUACGACAAAGACCAUUAUAAGUUGGCUCUUGGACAGAUUAACAUUGCCAAAAAUCUUAUUGACAACGUGGCGAAGGAUUACGUGCGUUUGAUGAAGUACGGCGACUCUCUGUAUCGCUGUAAACAGCUGAAGAGGGCGGCACUGGGGCGGAUGUGCACCAUCUUAAAGAGACAGAAACAGAGUCUGGAGUACCUGGAACAAGUCCGUCAGCACCUCUCCCGUCUGCCCACCAUUGAUCCAAACACCCGAACUCUUCUCCUGUGUGGUUACCCCAACGUGGGCAAGUCCAGCUUCAUCAACAAGGUCACACGGGCUGAUGUGGAGGUGCAGCCGUAUGCCUUCACCACAAAAUCUCUGUUUGUCGGGCAUAUGGACUACAAAUACCUGCGUUGGCAGGUGGUGGAUACCCCUGGUGUUCUGGACCAUCCCCUGGAGGAGAGGAAUACUAUAGAGAUGCAGGCUAUCACAGCCCUGGCUCACCUGCGCUCUGCUGUUCUCUACGUCAUGGACCUGUCUGAGCAGUGUGGCCACACCCUGCAGGAGCAGCUACUGCUCUUCAGUAACAUCAGACCACUGUUUGCCAACAAGCCUCUCAUCGUUGUGGCCAAUAAGUGUGAUGUGAAAAAGAUCAGUGAGCUGUCUGAGGACAAUCAGAAGAUUUUUGCCGACCUGUCUGCUGAAGGAGUCCCUGUGAUUGAGACGAGCACUUUGACAGAGGAGGGAGUGAUGCAGGUCAAAACUGAGGCGUGUGACAGGUUGCUGGCUCAUCGUGUCGACUCAAAGAUGAAAGGAAAGAAAGUUCAUGAUGUUCUCAAUCGACUCCACCUGGCUGUCCCCACCAAGAGAGACAACAAGGAGAGACCUCCAUUCAUCCCAGAGGGGGCCGUCCUACGCAGGAAGACCAUGGAGGUGGACACACCCAAACGCAAACUGGAGAAAGAUCUGGAGAUGGAACUGGGAGACGAUUAUGUACUGGACCUGCAAAAAUACUGGGACCUGAUGAACCCGCAGGAGAGACAGGACAAAAUCCCCGAGAUCUGGGAAGGCCACAAUGUCGCUGAUUACAUCGAUCCAGACAUUAUGAAGCGUUUGGAGGAGCUGGAGCGGGAGGAGGAGCUGAAGGAGCGUGCAGGCGAGUACGACUCUGAUGAAGAGAGUGAGGAUGAGGAGAUGCAGGAGAUCCGGCAGUUGGCCAGUCAGAUUCGGGAGAAGAGGAAGCUGCGUAUUCUGGCCUCGCGGGAGAAAGAGACGCAGGGCCCCAGAAUGCCCCGUACCGCGCGCAAGGUGGACAGAGCCAAUCUGGAGAAGGAGAUGAGUGAACUUGGCCUGGACAUGACAGACAAAGACAAUAGUCAUUAUGUGGAGCAGGCUCGGAGAUCACGGAGCUUGGUGAGGAAACGCAAGCGUGAGGCGUCCGCUCCGCCCACAUCACGCACACGCAGUCAGAGCGCCGCCCGUGUUCCCCGCGACCAGUCUGGAGUCCGAGAUGCCAAGAUGCUGAAGAAGGUGAAGGGGAUGAUGAAGAGUUCGCAGAAAGAUAUGAAUCGUGAGGGGAAGAAGGGCGAGUCUGACAGACACAUUUUCAACCUCAAACCCAAACACCUGCUCGCCGGCAAGAGGAAAUCAGGCAACACCAGCCGCAGAUAAACGCGCACCGCAACCAAUCACAAACCAGCAGUGGUUAAGUGAUGUGCAUCAUAGCCAAUCACGUAGCAGGAUCAGCAGAUGAACAGACUUCAGAGCCAGUGAGGUUAAUGUUUUAACCAAUUGUAAGCCUUACUGAGGUUAAUCUGUUCCACAUAAACAUUUGUCUUGCUGUCUCUGAACUGCUGAAGCUGCUCUGUAGAUGGCUGUUUGUUCCUCUACAUAUUAGAUGGUAUUUCUGUAAUUUACUGCACGAUGAUAUUGAUCUUUGAAAAUAUAUCUGGCCUUAAUCCCUUUAACAAUUUUUCUCAAACUGAAAUGGUGACAUAUUAGAGUGAGACGCUUAUACAAGUUGUUUCUGUAAUGCAAAAUAAGUGAUUUUUUUUUUUCUACAGUUUAUCUGAAAAUAAAUAUUGAGCAGUUCCAGUGUUUGGGAAACUGCUGUGUCCUGAUUAGUGGAACUUGUCUGUCAGGGAGUCAAAUAAAGCCACCAACUAUGGAACCUUC